AUGAAUUCCCCAAACCAGAGCGUCCAGCCAUCGUCAGCGGCCUACGCCGGGCCGGAGCAGCCUCUGGUGAGCAGCAUGUUUGAGAGGACGCCGCUGCUGGGCCUGGGGCUCUCCGUCGCCGUCGCCACGCUCUUCCUGGGCAAGUUCCUGUUUGGCGGCGGCAGCAGCAAGAAGCUGGCCUUCCCCUUGGUCAAGAAGGACGGCGACGGGUACAACUUCCUCAGCGACGCGCUCAAGAUGGUGGAGAAGGGCCGCAGCCAACACCCCGGCAUGCCCUUCUUCAUCGAGGGCGAGAACGGGCCCCUGGCCAUCAUCCCGCCCAACAUGAUUGACGACAUUCGCAGCCACGAGGACCUCAGCUUCCACCUGACGGUGAGGGAGGACUUUCACGACGGCAUGCCUGGGUUCGAGGCCUUUACCAUCACUUCGCGUGGUGGAGGCGUUUUGCAGACUGUCAUCUCGAAGCAGUUGACGAAAUAUGUUGGUGUCAUCCUGAACAACCUAUCCGACGAGGCAGCCUAUGCUCUGCACAAGAACUUUGGCGAUGACACUGAAUGGCGGGAGCACACCAUCAAGCCCAUCAUCCUCGACACGAUAUCCCGCGUGGCAUCCCGCAUCUUCCUGGGCGAGGAUCUGUGCCGCAACGAGGAGUGGCUGGAGCUGAGCAAGGGCUACACCAUCGCGGCCUUCAUGGCGGCCAGGGACCUGAGGCAGAGGCCGUUCCACCUGCGCCGGCUGAUGCAGUGGUUCGAGCCCAGCUGCAAGACGCUGCGCAGGUACCGCGACAGCUCCCGGGCCCUGAUCCUCCCCAUCGUCGACAAGAGGCGCGCCCUGCGCCGCGAGUGCAUCGCCCAGGGCCGCCCGCUGCCCGUCUUCAACGACUGCAUCGACUGGUUCGAGGAGGAGGCCGCCGGCAGGGACUACGACGCCGGCAUGAUCCAGCAGGCCAUCGCCGCCACCGGCAACCACACCUCGUCCGACUUUACCACCAAGUUCGUCCUCAUCCUCGCUGAGCAUCCCGAGGUCCAGCAGGAGAUCAGGGAGGAGAUUGUCAGGGUGCUCGGCGCCGAGGGCUUGACCAAGGCGGCCCUGGCCAACCUGAAGCUCCUCGACAGCGCCAUGAAGGAGACCCAGCGUCUGCAGCCUCUGACUACCUCCCCCAUGGCCCGCAUGGCCACAAAGGACAUCCACCUGGCCAACGGCGUCUGCAUCCCCAAGGGCACGCCCCUGGUCAUUGACGGCAGCUGGCGGCUGAGCCCCGACAUCUACGAGAACCCGCUCGAGUUCGACGCGCACCGCUUCCUCAAGUGGCGCGGCACCGACAGGGAGAACAUGGCGCACUUUGUCAGCACCGCCGCCUCGCACACCGGCUUCGGCCACGGCAUCUACGCCUGCCCCGGCCGCUUCUUCGCCACCAACGAGCUCAAGGUCAUCCUGUGCCAGCUCAUCCUCAAGUACGACUGGAAGCUGGCCGAGGGCUCCACCGCCGAGCCCCUCGUCUUUGGCUUCAACCUCGACGCCUCGUGGGACGCCAAGAUCAUGGUGCGGAGGCGGAAGGUGGUCGAGUUGGACAUUGAUGCUUUGUCGGCGUAG